UAGCAGGACAGGACAAACAAAACGGCUUUAGAACGCGUGGACUUUCCCCACGUGAAUCAAUAUUCAGGCCCUGAUCUCUCUGUUGAGCAACGAGGCCAAAGAGAGGAGGCUGCUGAGAGGGGGGUCAUGUGUAGAGAGGAGAUUCUCAUUGGAGGCAAAGAGAAAGAAGAUCGUUAUGCAUGUUUUUUGGGUAAAGGGGGGGAAAGAGACCAAAAGCAUCCUACACACCGAAGCCAUCUUGGUUGCACCGCUGCUCUCUGGACUGCAGGACUCUUUUCAUUAAGUGUCUGGUGACGUGGCUCCAACAACAGUGGAAUUAUGUUCUCCAAGUCAAAGUGGCUGAUUGUGAUCCAGCUCCUGCUCAAUGAACAGGCUCUGUGCAGAGUCCCACCGCCUCUGACUCAGAGGAACACGCUGCUUGCAGAAACUGACCUCAGUGAAGCGGUAGAGGAAACCGGCAAACAGGAGCAUCGGUAUCUCCUGGGAUCCCAUCUCCAGCUUAGUCUCUCAUCUGCUGAAAAGACUGAUCCUAUACCAGUGGUUGUGCAUAAAGAGGAGCGAGUCCAGUCGGCCAAACAUAUGAUAUCAGGUCUCAGGGCGAAGCUUCAGGGGCAGAUUCAAGAUCAUCUGCAGGCUCAAGGGAACAUCAGCUGUGAGGAGCUUAUGUCUGCCAGCACCGUGAACGACCCUCUGUCCUCCAUGUUCCCCCAGGAGCUGCUGGGUCUCUCUCUGGUUCCUGUGUUGGUGGUGUCAGGAUGCCCCAAGGAGGCACAGGCCCUGGUGCUGAAGCUGUAUGACCUGCUGGGUGUGGCAGAUACAGAGGAGCUCCUGAAGGAGGUGCAAGGUCUGAUAGAGAGGAGGUCGACCAAGUCAGCAUCGACACCAGCUGCUGCAUCUGCAAUGUCGUCUUCAGAGAAGGAUCAAGCAGGGCGCCGCAUAGAGGCUGUGAUGUUCAACAUCGGGCAGCUGGCGAUGGCGGGAGAGGAAACCACUGAGCAGGAGGGUCAUUGUGAAGAUUGGACCUGGGUGAACGGAACCAAGCUGGUGGGGACAGCUGUGGAGGGAGCCACAGGCGGACUGGAGGAGGCUGUGAACAGCUGUGAGAGACUGGGCGCCCUGUGUGCAGGCGUGACCAGCAGUGGAACACCGGGCAAAUACAAGGCAGUGCUGAAGAAGAGCAGUCGUAUCCUGCCAUCUGACACUGCAGGGUCUGAAUGUUGGAUCCGUCGGUGUAGUGAAGAGGAGCAUGCUUCCAUCCCUGCUCCCUCUAGGCCGCGGAUGAGACGCAGCCCCCAGAGAAGCUGCACUAACAAACGUGAGGAGCGCGUGUACAACGUGGUGGAGUGGAUCCCUGCAGUCAGCACCCUCUACAACCUGGGCACGGCAGUGUAUUAUGCCUCAGUGAACUGCUCAGAAACAGCCAAGGAGAGAGCCAUCCUCAGUGCGGUCGACCUGGGCACAGACGCUCUCAUGGUCGCCACAGGGGGCACCGCUGGGGUGGCAGGUUACGCUCUGGGUGCAGGGGUGAAGACCGGAGUGAAAGCUGGAGUCAGGUACCUGCUCAACUCCAUGAAGCAGGAGGACGACUUGCUGGUAAACCAGUUCAGCUUGGAGGAGGGCGUCACAUUCCAGUAGAGUGAGGGAUCAGUGACUCAGCCUGUUCAGUUUUUAUUAGUUCAUAAGGAUCCGUGUUUGUUAGUUGACAUGCUGAAGAGUAACUCAAUCGGUUUUCCAGAUUUAAUAUAAUCUAGAUUAUAUGUGAAACAAGAUUAUACUGUAUUGUAUGACUCAGUGGAUUAUCAGCAUCAAAUCUUCAAAGGGGAAAAAAGCUUUUUCUGUUUGUGUGAGUGUGCACACAAACCUCACUCUGACACAAGUAUUCAUUAUUGAAGGUAAUGACAGCAACUUUCACUAAGUCUGUUGUUUUAAUUAAAUUACUAGUUUUAAGACUAUCUAACCUACAAAAAUGAAAUUGGGUAAAAAGUGGACUACCUUUUGCAUUACAGCAGUUGUAAACAAUCUUAGUUAUCUAAUCCCAGAAAGUGUUAACUUUAAACCGUUGGAAAUAUAUCUCCCUACAGUAACAAUUUAUCACAUUAAGCAGCAACAUUUAAAGAUUUGGUCUCAGGAAGCUAAACCCUUAAACCCUUUGACUCUGGCCUAUGACAUAUAGUGUCUCCAUCCAGUAUCUAGUCCAGGGGUAUUCAACUAAAAUUUAAAGAGGUCCAGUUAGAGAAAAUUUCUUGAAGCAAAGGUCUAUAUGUCAGAUAUGUACAAUGUUCUCUCAUUAACUAAAUAAAAGUAGGGCUGCAUUUCAAAA